ACCAACAACGUCUCAUUUUCGCUGGAAAGCAGCUUGAGGAUGGACGUACUCUUUCUGGUUAGUUUCUCGCAGGCCUGUCAUCGCGUUCUGCAAUCCUUGGCAUUCCUCCUCAUCGCGUGCUGACUGGGACUUUCCCUCCUCUCUUCCUCACUUGCAGACUACAACAUUCAGAAAGAGUCUACUCUCCACCUCGUGCUUCGUCUCCGUGGUGGUAUGCAGAUUUUCGUCAAGACGUUGACCGGCAAGACAAUCACGCUCGAGGUCGAGUCUUCGGACACCAUUGAGAACGUGAAGUCCAAGAUUCAGGACAAGGAGGGUAUUCCCCCAGACCAGCAGCGUCUUAUCUUUGCCGGAAAGCAGCUUGAGGACGGUCGCACUUUGUCAGGUAUGUCUCCUUUAUCUUUUUUCCAGGCAUUGGUGGUGUUCAUUAGCGAGUUACUGAUUUUCCGUUUCCCAUUCUUUCGCGGUCCAGACUACAACAUCCAAAAGGAAUCCACACUCCACCUUGUGCUCCGUCUCCGUGGUGGUAUGCAGAUCUUCGUCAAGACCCUCACGGGGAAGACGAUCACUUUGGAGGUCGAAUCGUCGGACACUAUCGAAAACGUGAAAUCCAAGAUUCAAGACAAGGAAGGCAUUCCGCCAGACCAGCAGCGUCUCAUCUUCGCUGGCAAGCAGCUUGAAGACGGCCGGACGUUGUCGGACUACAACAUCCAGAAGGAAUCCACUCUUCACCUCGUUUUGCGGUUGCGAGGAGGAAUGCAAAUCUUCGUGAAGACGCUUACCGGAAAGACGAUCACCCUGGAGGUGGAAUCGUCCGACACCAUCGAGAAUGUCAAGUCGAAGAUCCAAGAUAAGGAAGGAAUCCCACCAGACCAGCAGCGCCUCAUCUUCGCCGGUAAACAGCUGGAGGAUGGUCGUACCCUCUCCGAUUACAACAUCCAGAAAGAGUCGACGCUUCAUCUCGUCUUGCGGUUGCGCGGUGGAAUGCAAAUCUUCGUAAAGACUCUGACGGGCAAGACCAUUACUCUGGAAGUAGAGUCCUCCGACACGAUCGAGAACGUCAAGUCGAAAAUCCAAGACAAAGAGGGCAUCCCGCCAGACCAGCAAAGGUUGAUUUUCGCUGGCAAACAACUCGAGGAUGGGCGCACUCUGUCUGACUACAACAUCCAGAAAGAGUCUACGCUCCACCUUGUGCUCCGUCUUCGUGGCGGAAACUAGUGCCCUUGUAGUUCGUCCCCACAUUGUACCCCUUUCUGUCCUGUGUAUGUUCACGUCUUGCAGCUUGUGGGUCGUUUUUGAUUGAGUGGGGCGGGUAAAUCGAAGGCGCUUC